CUUUUACGUUUUCAUAUUGAACUUUGCCGUCGUGUCGCUUUUAAGUUUUUCGUGUCGCUUGCAGCGAUUUCUUAUAAAUUAGCUUUGUUAAAUUGAUAGGGCAGUGCCACAAAAUGGGUCUGCUACAUGCGUUGCGUGUGAGAAUCAUGAAUUUCAUGAUAUUCUUCUUAAUAAUAAUCUUGUUGCCGGGUCUGCCACCGCGCACCACUUUCCCCUACAAAGACUUCACUGUUAGUCCGCCCAAAGAACUGAAAGGAGCUCUGGAGCCCAACUUUCACCUGGAUGGUGCUGAGCGUCUUCUAGAGGGUCGUAUCUAUGGCCCCGAGCAUCUUAUUGUGCGCAACAAUGAGAUCUAUACGGGAUUGCAUGGUGGUGAGAUCAUCAAGCUGACUGCCAACCAUGUAACGCAUGUGGCCAAGUUUGGUCUGCCUUGUGCUGAAAACUUUGAGGAGGCACGCUGUGGUCGUCCUCUGGGCAUGGCAUUUGAUACGCAGGGCAACAAUCUGAUCGUUGCCGAUGCUUACUAUGGUUUGUGGCAGGUUGACCUGACUUCCCACAAAAAGCAACUGUUGGUUUCGCCGCGUCAGGAGCUGCCUGGCCAGAGCAUAGCACGUCCUGCCAAGCUAUUCAAUUCGGUGGCUGUGAGUAAACAAGGCGACAUCUACUGGACCGACUCCUCAUCGGAUUUCCCCCUUCAAGACUUGGUCUAUACCUCGUUUGCUAAUCCAUCUGGACGUCUAUUCAAAUACAAUCGGGCCAAGAAUGCUAGCGAAGUGUUGCUGGAUGAACUCUUUUUUGCCAACGGCUUGGCUCUCAGUCCCAACGAGGACUUCAUUGUGGUCGCCGAAACGGGAGGCAUGCGUUUGAUGAAGUAUAUUUUGAAGGGUCCCAAGGCUGGACAGAGUGAGGUCUUCGUCGAGGGUCUGCCCGGCAUGCCCGAUAACUUAACGCCCGAUGCAGAGGGUAUUUGGGUGCCUUUGCCAGCCAGCGCUGAUAGCGAGAAUCCAUCAACGUUUUCACUGUUCUCACGCUUCCCAACUAUUCGUCUGUUCCUGGCGCGUAUGCUGACGCUCUUCGAGCUGCCUUUCCGUUACCUCAACAGCGUGUAUCCCAAUAAGUUCUCUCAGCGAUUUGUGCACUUCAUUGGUCAUGGCGAGAGUGUCAUGUUGUUGGCUCCCAAACGUAGCACUGUUGUGCGCGUGGAUUGGAAUGGCAACAUUGUGGGCUCACUGCAUGGCUUUGACAAGUCUGUUGCUGGCAUUUCGCAUGUCCUAGAGUUCCAGGAUUACUUGUAUCUAGGCUCACCCUUCAAUCAUUAUCUGGCACGCGUCAAAUCACCCAAAGCGUCCAAGCAACCCACCGUAAAGGUGCGCAAUGUGCGCGUAGAGGGCGAGGGAUUGGAGGCGUCUGUUGGUGCAGCACCCACGACAACUACCGCCAAGCCAAAGACACAGACAGCACCAAAGACGACCACGUCCAAGCCACAGACUACCACAACAACAACAACGACCACUACUAAGAAGCCAACAACAACAACGACCACUACUAAGAAGCCAACAACAACAACCACAACAACGCCCAAGCCAAAAACUACAACAGCCAAGCCGGCCACAACAACAACUCCAACUACUACUACAACAACGACGACAACAACGCCAAAGCCAGCAACAACCACAACAACAAAAAAGAGUACAACAACCACAACUACACCAAAGCCGGCAACAACAACGACAAAACGCACUGUGCCCAGCAAACCAGCGCCCGUUGAGGAAGAGAUUCCCGUGGACACGAAGCCGCCUCAGAAGGAGAAGCUGAAGGUGAUCAACAAACAAGGCGACCACGUUGAACUUUAAGCGGCAUCUAAAAAAUGAACAAAAAAAAAAAAGCAAAAACAAUCUUUAUUUACAACAGUUUUGGCAAAAGUUUUCUAUAAUUUUUUCUUCUCCAAUUUUGUUGGAUGAAUUGAAGUGGAUUUAUUAAGUUAUUAAGUACUAACUAGCUAAUUUGUAAUUAGCUGCAAGCUUUAUCUCAAGCCAAAACUGUUAAACUCCAGGCAGCUUCUUAUAUGUCGCACAAUUUGCAUAUAAUUGCGUUUUGCCAAAAUUGUAACACUCCAAAAUGCUCUGAAACUACGAAACAUUCCCAAUUUCAAUUAAGCUUAAUUAUGUAUUUAGUUACGACCACGAUUUAGUCGUACUGUAAAUGACGCAAAUGCUCAUUGAAUUCUCUUAUUGUUUAAACAUUAAACAAUGCCCAACAUUGUUAAUUAA